GGCAGUUGCACACUGGUCGCGUGCUCCAAAAUUGACACAUUUUUUAAAUAAUUAAUAAUUUGUUAAAUUCCGUUUAUUUAGCCGACUGAGAACGAGCGUUUGUUUUAGUGAGCCAGUGUUUUUUUAAUUUUGUGGUGGACAGUCGGAUUUUUAUAUUCGGUUGAACUUUAACUACCUCGGAAAAUGGACUAGGCCGUGUAAAGAGUACUGUGUAGUACGUUUAUUGAAAACCAAGUUUCAGUUUUAAAACCGUAAUACAAUUACGGCCACCCCCGCUCUCCCUCCACCAGGGGGACGUGCGCGGGCACCGCUCUGUCGCCCUCCCUCCCCGGGGCUACGAUCCGCUGGGCCGCUCUGACGAAUCGGAACAGGAAGACUGCUUGCUGGUCUUGGUCAAUCAGAUCCAGGUGAAAGCUUACAAAAUGGGUUUGGCUGAGAGCAAGGUGCUGGUGGACACACCCCGCUCCACCCUGUGCAACAAACAUCUGAAGAGCGUGGAGGACCCGCGAUCGCCCAGCACAGGCAUCUCCAGGACCCCUAUACAGAUGAAAGAUGUCUCCACCCCCUCCCCCUCUCUGGGUGCCACGCUCUCUGUGGACCCCCAGGAAUCCUCCGACCCCCGCUCCCCGAGUGUCGGGAUCACACGCACUCCUGUGAAGGCUCUCCUGGCAGAGACAAUGACCUUGGUGCGUCAGCUGAAUGAGCUGUUUGUGAGUGAGGGGGGAGAGCUGGAUGCUGAAAACCGGGGACUCGAAGGGGGGGCCUGGGGUACAGGAGCAGAGGAGUCCACUCUUGGCAGUGAUGAGGCCACCCUCCCCCUGACCAUGGAGGAGGUGUCAAACAGCCCCCUUACUGGGGUGACCCCCCUGCUGGAACCCACAUCACUCCUUUCUCCAGUGGAGCAGCCCAGCGAAGUCGGCGCUCGGAUAGGCCCCAACAAGGCAAAGCAUUGUGGGAGUCACGUGAUGGGGCGCCUGGGCCAGGCUGGGGCUGCGGUGACGAGGUCACCACAGGGCAAAGUGAGAGGCUCCCGGCAGACUCAUCCCCGCAGGAUCAAGUCAUCUGUGCUGAGCAGCAGUGACGAUGGAAGCCGUUCCCCCCUGCAGAUACUGCAGCACCCGGACUGGAACUCCCCCCACGGCCCGCAGCACAGCCAGAUGAAGAAAGGGCGCUCUCUGCUGGACCAUGGUGGCAUGGUGCUGAAGCCUGCGCAGAGUCGAGGGCUGCACCGUGAUAAGGAGAAUCUUGAGAGCUGGGGGAGCUAGACUCCUCCAUUCUUCUGCAGAGGAGCCCUUUCACUGGAGUCUGGGCAGUCUUCCACAUUUGCCAUUUUAAAGCCUUAUUCACUUUAUAUCUUGUUUCUGUACGCUGUCUGUCCAGCUGCAGUUUGUUUCUGAUUUGUGGAUGUUUUUGUAUUUGUCUUGAUUUUAUUUGUUAUGUAAAAUAAAAGCUGUAUUUUAAUGGUG